CAGUUUCGGACGGACAUUGCCGCUUGUGCGGGUGUAAGUUUCGACAACAUACAGUUGUUUUUAUUUCCAAUUUUCAUGUUUUGGAGUACUGGGGAUAGCUGAAUACUUUUAUGUGCAGUGACAAAUAUAUUUUAAACUAUGGUCUUUCUAGUGUAAUUCUUAUUUUGGAGCAAGUGCAUGUUUUAUUUAAAUAUAAUUGUGCCGCAUCAAGAUGGAGCUGCCCCAACCUCCACAAGAUAUUGAUCUUCGUAAUAUUAUUGACAAACUAGCUCAAUUUGUUGCUAGAAAUGGACUUGAAUUUGAGCAGAUGACCAAAAACAAGCAAAAGGAUAAUCCUAAAUUCAGCUUCUUGUUUGGGGGAGAACAUUUCAAUUACUAUCAGUAUAAAGUUACCACAGAGCAAGCAAUUCUGAAGCAAAAGAGCAAGCACCAUUCUACUUUGCCUGAUCUAGCUGGACUUCAACUCCCCAACCUGUCGAGUACAAAUGCUACCAUGGAUUUAUCAGCUGCUGUAUCUGCGGCUCAAUGGCUGGCAGCGCAGCAGCAGUCAUCAAUAUCUACAGCACCACCUUCAGUUUCUAACGUCUCUUCAUCAACAUCAGCGUCUUUAGACUCAAUUGCACAGCAAAAGCGAGUUUUGCAAGAUCAAAUCCUGCAAAGUGAACAGAAUCUUGCAGCUCAACAUGCGGUAUUGAUGCAGCAGCAACAGACGCAAGUGGAGGAAGCAUUAAAAAAAGCCCAAGAAGCUCGAUUAGAUCAGCUUGGUAUUGAUGCUGGAGUGCCGUUUGCAGAGUUUGAUCAGAUUCUUGCACCAAUCAUUCAAUCCUGUACUAAAGAUUCAAUAUCUGCUGGCAAAGGCUGGAUCCUUCAGAAAGCCACAAACCCAGCAGCAAAUUCAGCUCUGGCACAGUUUCUUCUAGCCAAGGUUGUAAAUGUAGGAAAGGAAAGUAAUGGUCCUCAACCCACAGCUAGUCCAUUUUCUCAACGACUACAUUUAAUUUAUUUGGUGAAUGAUGUUUUGCAUCAUUGCGUACGCAAAAAUGCUGAAGAACUGAAGAAAGCUCUUGAAAGUGUGGUUGUACCAAUGUUUUGCUGUGCGUCUAUUGGUUUGCCCGAUGAUCAAAAGUCAAAACUAAACAAGCUUCUUAAUUUGUGGGAGUCAAAAAGUAAUUACCUUGAUGAAAUCACCAUUGAUAAACUGAAACACCCCACAAGGUCAUGGACAGAGUAUCAAACAAACCUUAUAGAACAAUUUUCUUCUAUCAUUUCGUCCAUUACAACUGCAACCAAAAAUACUUAUGAAAAUUAUCAGUCUCAACAUCAGGCAUUUGUCAAUCAUGCCCUGCAACAAAUUCAGACUCUGGAGCAACAGCAGCAGGCUUUGGCUGUUGUAGCUGCGGUAUUGCCAUCAACCCAGCCACUUCCUUCGCAACCAGAAAUUCAUCAACAGUGUGAUCAGCCACCACCGUUACUUGUGUCCCAUCAGUCUCAGUCCACAUCAGCUCCACUGUCCCAGCCUCCUCCACUAAUGAACAAUUCAGAGUACUCCAAUCCUCCAGCACCCAUCUCUCUGAACCAAAUGCCCCCAGCACACCCUGCUCUCCCAACCCACCCAGGUCACUCAGCCCACCCAGCACACCCCGCACACCCCGCACAUCAACCUCCCCCUUCAGGGCCGCCUCCAAGUAAUUUCUCUCAACCGCCUCCUGGAUUCUUUCCAGGUAGCUUUCCAAUUGGCGUUGAGUUGCCAGAUUUCAGUCGCCCUCCACCUGGCUUUCCUUUACCUCCACCAACCAUCGCACCAAUCCAGCAGGCUCCACCAGAGCCGAUUGAUGAUUUGGUUCCAAGUGUGCCCUAUUUUGAUCUACCAGCUGGUCUCAUGGUGCCUCUCAUCAAGCUUGAUGAUCAUGAGUAUAAACCGUUAGAUCCGGAUUCUAUAAGGCUACCACCCCCUGCUCCUCCUAGUGAAAGACUUUUGGCAGCUGUGGAUGCAUUUUAUGCUGCACCAGGUCAUGAUCGCCCACGAGACAGUGGUCUAAGUGUUUCCAGAAGAAUUGUUGAUAGUGAAGGCUGGGAAAAACUUGGCCUCUAUGAAUACUAUCGAGCAAAGAAUCAAGCCCGUAAGAGAAAAGAAGAAGAUAUCAUUGAAGGCAUUAGAGAAAGAUCUCGAUCUCCCUCACCUAUAUACCGCCCACCAUCACGAGAAAAGUCACCUACACCCAAGAAAAGAUAUAGAAGUGCAUCCCCCGAAAAUGAUAAAAGUAAAGAAAAAUCAAAAGACAGGGGACGAUCGCAUUCACCCUCUCCAAGUCCUGUUCGUUCAAACCCUAACGAAAGUACAGGGGCCGCCAGUAAUGGUAGACGUUCACCUGUGUCUACUUUAAGAAGACAAACAAGACCAACAUACAGGCAUUCAAGAUCUAGAUCCAGGUCGAGAUCAAGAUCUCGUUCCAGUUCUCGGUCAAGAUCGAGGAGUCCUCCCAAACAAACUAUAGAUCGAGACCGCAGCCCUACACCUCCUUCAUUUCUUGGUUCUACAUAUGCAAAGGCUACAAUGGAGCGUUUAGAUGAAUCAAAUAAAGGACACCAGAUGCUCAAAAAGAUGGGUUGGAGUGGUGCUGGUCUUGGUGCUAAAGAGCAGGGUAUAGAACAGCCUAUUUCUGGAGGAGAGAUUCGUGAUAGGACUGACAUGUAUAAGGGUGUUGGUGUUAAUUUAAACGACCCUUAUGAAAACUUCCGGAAAAAUAAGGGUCAGGCUUUUAUUUCAAGGAUGAAAGCCAGAGCUGAAGAACGAACAUAAUUGAGGAGCAGGAUAUUUUUUGACUCAAGAGCAAAUUUGGAGAAAGGGGAGAAGCGGGUGCCUUGGUGUUCGUUUGUUCAAGAGGCCUUGACACCUUGGUUUGGUUUAGCCUCUCCCCUCUCUCCGUGUGCCUUUCUUUCAUCAAAGGAAAUUAUCACUGCAUGACUUUGACAAAUUAAUUGCGUCAGUGACCUCAUGUCUAUUUCCAUUUUCGAUUGCCUGUGUGGUCCGAAUGUCCAUUCGGCCCUUUCCCACCCUGUACCCCUGAGAAAGAAGAAUAUUUGCAAUGGUUUUUCAUUGUGUGUGUAAAUGAAAUGAACUGACUCAAGAUAUGUCUUGUUAUCAAUAAAUUUGUUUUUUUAAAAAUGAA